AUGCGAAUUAUCACUGUGGCUAUGUUUAUUCUUAUGAUAUCAUUAACAGUCCUAUCAUUACCAACUGGUGAACGUGACACAUUAUCAUCACUGGCUAAACCUUGUACAGUGGCAUGUGGUCUUUAUUGUCAAUGGGGUUACGCAGGAUGUUGUCAUUGUAAACCAAAUCCAUUUGGAAACUUACUCAAUUUAGAAGGUUUGACAUUUCCAAAAGAUCAGUGA